AUGUCGAGUAUCGCUACCUCCCCAGCACCUUCACGCCCACGACCGUACCGACGCUUCUUGAAUUCGGCCCUGCACACGAGAUUUAUACAUGCGGUCUUGAUAUCGCUGCUGAUUGCUCUUAACAAUGCCUUUUGGCUGGGGUCGAAGAAGGACCUUUUCUGGUCAUGGUUUCCUUUAGGGCCCGCAGGUAUUAAAGCCUUGCUUUUCUCUCUAUGCAGCCUCUGCAUUUUCUUCCCCCAGAUCGCCGGUCUAAAGAUAGGCCGUCAGACAGCAGCCUCGCCUUUUGGGAUGUUCAGGAGGAUUGUCCUGAGCACGACAACCUUCUGGACCGUUUUCUGGUACCUCUUGUCAGCGUUCGUCUUUACCUCCGUCUACACCUGGUCCGCACCAGAUCUUGCUUGGACAAUUCCGGGUGGUCACAAUGCCCCGGAUAUGCUGAAUGAGAAACCGAUAUUCCUGCGCUUAUACACACUCUUACUUGGCUGCGCUUAUGCUGGGGUACAUCUCUAUCUUGGGAACUCGUCACUUGAGAUUCCGGUCUCGAGCUUACCAGCAUCUCCAAAUACGGAAGGCAAAGGACACACAACACAUCCACAAAAGCCAAUCCUGGCACAAGUUCAACAAAGACUGUCUUCGGCAAUCAUUCGACUGUUCGGUAUUCCAACCGCAGUUAUGAUGUUGGCGCCCUUUCUCAACACUUUUCUCUUCCGACAGUUGUUCUGGCAGACGCAUCUCGCGAUAGCCAAGUUAUUCAACAACUUGUCAAGGGCAAAUGCUCGACCGAUUGGCCUUCCUCCUCUCGGUCCUUUGCAUUUACUCAGAUGCCUCAUCGCAGGCUUCUUACUAGCCGCAACCUGGGAAGUGACAACGAUUUUGUUCCUGACUUUCCUUGGCCAGGAACCCACCAAGGCUGGGUUUCCUUUAUCAUCCACAAGCAAAGAUCCCAAUGGGACGUUACUCACCGGGCUGCGAGCAAAGAGGGAUGUAGUGAGGACAUUUGCUUUUUGGGAAUUGUCAAUUAUUGCUCAAAAACACAAAGAUCGCAGAAAGACCAUUUUUGAAGACAUUGAGCGAGCUACCGGUCCAAUUUGGGCUCAAAUAUCCGAGGCUGGACUAAAGAUUCUACGCGAGAUCGACAGUCGUAUUCUCGGCCCACCUCCACAAGUAUCGCAAUCCCAGGGAUCGAGUAUUGUAGAAAGCUUGCCGCAUAUUGUGCCAGAGAUCCAAACACAAUCAAUAUUCAAUGCAAGCCAUAAAAAGUCCCUGGGUGAGUCUCUUGUUGGUGGGUCCUUGAGAAAUCUUGGAAGUAGCAGUCAGCCGUGGCGACCACCAAUCGAAGACACCACCAAGGCUGUCGAGACGAAGUUGCUUGAGUAUGCCAGACCUCCUGGUACUCCUCAAGUGCAAUCAAAGAGCGUGGUUGAGCAAUGGGUCGGUGCAUUGCAAAAGAGCCCGAUCGGCUGGUUCUUCACCUCCACGAAAACAGCGAGAAUCAAUGCUACAGUACUCGGAUCACCAAAUAGCGAUGCGGCUGUAAUCGUGGAUGUGGUUGAUUCGCUCACCAAGAUGCUGAUAGCAAGUCUCACGGAAGACACGUAUGGUAAAGCAACGCCCACCGUUCCAGAGACUGUAAGACAGUUCACCAGAACCUUGACAACAAUAGAAAACUUUGUCGCCAAGAAUGGUCCUGGUGGGAGUGGAGGGAUUGAAGAAGUUCAAAUUAUCAUUGAACGACUGAGAGCCGGACUGAAAGAAUUGCUCUCUGCUUUCCAACUCUAUUUACUUGAUGUCGGCUUAGGGAUUGCCGAUCUCAAUCAAGCAAAGAAGGCUAUUGAACCUCCGAAGCCAGAGCCUCAGUCCUCAAAACCUAUUGAAGAGCCACCAACGCGUCGACAGCUCUUUGCAAAAGACACACAAAGAGCACAAUCAAGACAAGAGUCUCGAAGAGUGGAGUCUUCCCAGCGGUCUUCGGGACUUCAGAGAAAGACAUCAAAUGGAAUGAAUGGACGGCAGCAGCCUCGACGAGAGAUGGAACAAGUCAGAUAG